CGCACGGAGGGGGCAGAGGAGCCUCAGACGGCGUCUCAUUAAAUUAAAUUAAAUCUGUUUGUGUACAGAUAAUUUUCGUCUAGAGUUGGGUUUUAAUUGCUUGCCGUCAGGAUUGGCUUGAGUAUCCUGUACAACUUAUAAGGAAGCACCACUUAUUGUUACAGGUGUGUGUUGGUACGCCUCAGCAUGGCUGUGGUCAUCCGCCUGCAAGGUCUCCCCAUUGUGGCGGGGACCAUGGACAUACGCCAUUUCUUCUCUGGAUUGACAAUCCCCGAUGGUGGUGUACAUAUUGUAGGGGGUGAAAAUGGUGAGGCUUUUAUUGUUUUUGCCACUGAUGAAGAUGCAAGGCUUGGCAUGAUGCGUACUGGGGGGGUGAUCAAAGGGUCUAAAGUAUCUCUUCUACUAAGCAGCAAAACCGAGAUGCAGAACAUGAUUGAGCUUAGUCGCAGGCGUUUUGAGACGGGCAAUUCGGAGGGUCCUGCAGGUAAUGGCAGUAGGCCUGGGCCACCUGUUAGCAGCAGUGGAAGUGGGCGAGCUAGCCUUCCCACUACUGUUCCAGGGUUUAGCAGCCCUACACCAACCACUGUCGCCACCACAUCCUCUGUGCAUGAGCCUGUGAGCAACAAGAGCAUAUCCACAUUUGCAACGACGAGCAUGGGAAGCGUUCCCCCGAGCUACAGCAACAACUUCAGUAGCCCCAGUCUGACCAUGGGUUCCACCAUGACCACUGCCAUGUCCGCUCUGAACUCUGUUCCUCCCCCUAUACCGCCUUUGCCCACUAUGCCAUCUCUGCCCCCCAUGCCCUCCAUACCACCUAUGCCAGUGCCACCACCUGUGUCCACUCUGCCACCAGUUCCCUCCGUCACCCCUUUAACUCCUGUUCCCCCUGUCCCCCCCAUGACACACAUGCCACACAUGUCAACUCUUCCGCCCUUUAAUCCUGGUGUCCCUCCCCCAGUUGGUCCUGUGGGCAGUGGGUUAACUGGCUCUGGGCCCCCAUUAUCAAUUGGAAACCCAAACCAUAUGUUUCUUGGCCCAAUGAAUCCCUUGGGCCCUUUAAAUCUGCAAGCUCCUGUGAAGCCGCCGGCUGUAAAUUCAGACGAGUUAUAUGUUCAUCUCCAAGGCCUGCCCUUCACUGCAACAGAAAUGGAUGUGCGAGAGUUUUUCCAAGGCUUGGGGGUAGAUUCUGUUCGUUUUCUCAGAGACGGUCUGGGCAGGAGCAGUGGUAGAGCCCUGGCAAAGUUUUUUACACCUCAGGAUGGUUUUGAAGCUCUUAAAAGAAAUGCUGGCAUGAUGGGUCAAAGGUACGUCGAGGUCACACCUGCUACUGAGAGGCAGUGGACAGCUUCUACUGCAGCUGGCAGUGUGGCCGGAGGUCAAGGAUCAUCUAAGCAUGGCAGUGACACAGAGCCGGAUCAGCAUCGUCGCACGGGCUCAAGUUCGGAAUCGCCCUCAAGUCGUGACCGGGCCCGAUCUCGUUCGCCUCACAACCAGGAGUACUGCGUCUAUUUGAAAGGACUACCCUACGAAGCAGAGAACAAGCAGAUAUUUGAAUUUUUUAAGAACCUGGAUAUUGUUGAAGAUAGCAUUUAUAUAGCAUAUGGGCCAAAUGGCCGAGCUACGGGCGAAGGUUUUGUUGAAUUUAGAAAUGAGGUGGACUACAAGGCUGCACUUGGCUGCCAUAUGCAGUAUAUGGGUAGCAGAUUCAUACAGGUUCACCCAAUCACCAAAAAAGGCAUGUUUGAAAAGAUUGAUGUGAUCAGGAAAAGGAUGCAAGGGUCCCAGCAAGGGGACUCGAAGGGUGGCUCAGAAGGUGGUGGAAAAGGCAGGACCUGUGCACACAUCUCGAAUAUCCCAUACAACGUAUCCAAGAAAGACGUACGUCUGUUUUUGGAGGGGAUUCAGAUUUUCGAGGAGAGCCUCAAAGUUCUUGUUGAUGGUAAUGGCAACGGUUUAGGUCAAGCUGUAGUACAGUUUCGCUCUGAAGAGGAGGCGCUUAAAGCGGAGAGGCUACACAGACAGAAACUGAACGGGCGAGAUGCUUUUGUGCACCUUGUGACCAUUGACCAAAUGAAGGAGAUAGAAAGGAACCCACCACCGCAAGCAAAGCGAGGAACAAAAUCUCAAGGAAGUGCUCAGUCACAUGGUCCGAGCCAUAGCUCAGCCCAGGCCUUUCCCACUGUGACAGGAGAUGAGUACUCUUUCAUGAGGAGCAGUAUAGGCAGCUUGACCAGCGCGCCUCCUUUUGUCACCCCUUUCAGUGCUCCAGGGAAUGGGCUUGGAGGACCCCCUCCCCCCAUUCCUCCAAUGGCCAGUGGCUUAGAUGUGCCAUUGACUGUUCCCCCACCCAUGGUUGCUACCCACCUUUCAGGACCGGUGCUGGAGCCUCCAAGCUUCCGACCCGGGCCUGGUGGUAACAGUGGACCGCCGGGCUUUGUCGGGGGUCCAGAGGGCAUAAGGGCCAUCCCGCCUUUUGAUAACGGCCCCAGAAAGAGCGGCGGCCUCUCAAGCCGAGGGAGCGGACAGAGCCGGGCAGGCAGCACGCAGGCCGGAUUUGCUUCAGUAUCCGAAACAAUGAGAGGACCCACAAGCAUAAGCGGGGGCCCAAGUAACCAUCGACCAACAAUUGUCAAGAUCCAGAACAUGCCGUUCACAGUCACCGUUGAUGAGAUACUUGAUUUCUUCUACGGUUAUCAGGUGCUACCUGGUUCGGUGUGCCUUCAGUACAGUGACAAGGGUAUGCCCACCGGAGAGGCAAUGGUCGCGUUUGAGUCGCACGAUGAAGCGAUGUCUGCAGUCUUGGACCUUAAUGAUAGACCUAUUGGGUCACGAAAAGUCAAGAUUACAUUAGGAUAGGUGUGCUUUUUCUUUUUCACAUUAAGCUGCAUUGAGACUUUUUGCUAAAGGAAAAAAAAAAAAUACCAUGGUGAAAACUAACAUGGGGAUGAUAUUCCAUCUAACUGACCGAGGAGUGAACAAUGCAUCAAUUUUAGGUUCUUUACCAAAGUAAUCAGGCUGUUUUGUAGAUUAGCAAAGGAUCGUGGAAGUCACUUGCAUUAAAAGAAUGGUAUGCUUAGUACAUAGUGUGUGUGUGGGUUUGCUUGUAGCUGAAAGAUGAGGGUUACUUAAACCAAUCAUGUACAGAGCGGAAUCAUUUUUUAGUAAAUGUUUGAAGACCCUAAAAAGUUUUGAGCCAGCAAGAAGGAUGUGAGUGUAUUAGCUGUGCUGGUAUUUUCCUUUUUAUUGAGAAGCAUGUGAUCAUUUUCAAAAUGCCAUGAAUCGUUUUGUGUAUUUGUUUCUGCUGUCGUUAUGUUUUGUAUUUUCUUCACCCGUGCUUUAGAUCGCAGUUACAGACUGGGUGUAGUCCUCAAUGGCUGUCAGGCUUGGCGAUUCUUUGCGAAGCAUGUGCAAAAUGUUGUGGUGGAACCAUUUGCUCCUUUUCCUCCGUGCUGUUUUCUCUCCUUUCUGUUUUAAAUGCCAUGCCAAUGCGGUUGCCGCCACAGACUUGAUGCAAUGUUGAGUUUUGGAGGACCAUGAAAAGAUGUCAGUUUUCUUAUUGCGUUUAUUUUGUUUGAAACAUCAGAAGACCAUCCACUUGUUUGCUGGAGUAGUGGCGGCCUUGAAAUGCUUGGUGUCUGAGCAGUUUCUCACUGUGUUCACUUUAAAAUGUGCAUAUUGUGUUUUUUCCCAAGCUGUGGCUCCUAUUUGGGUUGCAACUCUUGCACCGUGAACCGGAAACACUUGUAUUUGUUUCAUUUAUUUGGACUGUGACGUCUCAGCUUAGUUGUUUUAUUUUGCAGUUGUGUAUAUACUGUUCAGCCUACAUAUUUUGUCAAUAAAAUGGCAUUCCUAAAAUGAUUAUUCAACAACAAAUUGUAUGUUUCUCUUGUGCCUUUUCAUUACUUGCUCUUUUUAAUGGCAUUUGAUGG